GCAUGCCCUCCGACGUCCUUCCAGCCGCCGUCGACGCGCAGAGCCCGCUCACCGCCAACGAGCUCGCCGUCCUGCGGCAGCAGUACCUCGACGAGUCGGCGAAAGGGUGGGUCUCGGUCCAGACCAAGUUCAACUUUGCGUGGGGCUCGGUCAAGAGCGACAACCGGGUCGAGGUCGGCGAGGGAGUCGCGCUCCUCAUGGACAUCUACCGCACCGAGCCGUCUCGCCGCCGCGAGUGCCUCUACUUCCUCGCCGUCGGCCACUACAAGCUCGGCAACUACCCCGAGGCCAAGCGCUACAACGGCCUCCUCCUCGAGAAGGAGCCGAACAACAUCCAGGCCCAGAGCCUCAAUCAGCUCGUCGAGCAGGCAGUGUCCAAGGAGGGCUACGUCGGCAUGGCCAUUGCCGGUGGCGCAGCAGCAGCAGCAGGUAUCGUCUUUGCGGCUCUCAUGAGCGCACGCAGCCGGCGAUAACCGCUCGCGCCUCCUCGCCCUUCCUCGUCACCUCGCGCUCCUUCUCCCUCGGAUCUCUCUGUCUCCCUUUGCGUCGUUCUGUUCAGCCUCUCCUAGUCGUGCCUGUAACGAGCUUUCGGUCUCAUCUC